AUGAUUUCACCUUCUGAUUCUCGACUGCUUUAUGAAAGUCAAUUUUCCAUAUUCAAUGGACGUCUGUGCUCUCUUCGAAUCUUAUUGAUUCCGCAAUCUGAGACAAUUUCUAAAAUUAGAGUAACGUCGCCGUCCGAUGCAUCGAUAUUGCUUGAAAAUACCAUAGCAGAACAAAGUGAUGUGGAAACAUUUGUUGAUGUCUUGAAAAUGAUUACCAAUGUUCGAUCACAAGAUCCCACAAUACUCGGACCACGCGUUGAGCCGAGUCUAGGGGAACCCGAAUUCCCGUAUCGGCUGGUAAUUGAUCCGAUUUCACCGAGUACAGAUGUAAUAACUCUCCCAUUAUGCCAAGCUUCUCCACAGGCAAGGUGUGAUUAUGUUCUGCAGUUGUAUGCCAGAGAAAAGGCACAACAUCAAAUCCAAAUUGAAAAAUCAGAUGAGCUAUCGAAGCAGCUGCAUAAUGCAAUUGUUGAUUAUAACUCGAUGAAAACUCGUUGCGAGUUCCAAGAAAAGGAAAUCGCAUUGCUCAGACAGUUAGCUGAAAGCAACUCAAACAAAAACAAACGAGCCCGAGACGAUUCAGAGAACACGCCAUCCAAAAAAAGGAGAUGUGGAUGUGGAGAUGAGGAAUCGUGCGAUUCUGAUUGCGAUGGAGAAAUCAAUGAAGACGAAGAAGAUGAUAUGGAAGCUGAUGCUGAAUUGUUCCGUGCGGCAACUUCACAACUACAAUUAAGCGGACGGGGAUCUCAUAAUGGUAUGAAACUUGGUUGCGUUGAUAUUCUGAUUGCAUUUAGUUUUUCAGUAGAAGUAUCAUCUGGAGAAGGAGGUUCGAAUGAUAAUGAUCAAAUGAAUCUGAUGAAACAGCUUGAAAAGUUAUCUAGUGUCAUUGUAAAAGCUCCAAAUCUGCCUUCCACGUCAUCGAUGAGUACCAUGCACAUAAAAAUGGAAAACAAUCAGGAGCAAUCAGGACCGAUAGUUUUACAAAGCCAAGGAACGUCGGAAGACCAAAACGGCGUCAAAAAAGUUGUCGGAGUAGUUCAAUACGUAAUAUGUCAACUAUGUCCGGAAGAAGAGCAAAAGUCGAUGGAUCCAGCGAAUCAGCAGCAGAUGCAAGAGCAUUUCCUCGACAAACAUGUAGACAAAGAGAAAAAGAAGUGUGAAGCGUGUCCAACAGAUCAGUUCCAACCACAUAACAUCGGCCAGCACUACAGGUUUCAUACAAAUAGUGUAUAUGCAUGUCAACACUGUGGAAAACGAGGACGUCGAAACUAUCUGAUGUCUCACGUGCGGACACACACUGGAGAGAGACCAUAUAGGUGCGACACAUGUUCAAAAAGUUUCUCCGACGCAUCAACUCUCCGUCGGCAUCGGCUAGUGCACACUGGCGAAAAGAAAUAUCAAUGUCCAGUGUGCGGACGGGCAAUCGCUCGCAAGGAUAACGUUAAAGUGCACAUUCGAAGCCACGGAAUUCACGCUUGA